AAAAAAAAUGAAUUAUCAAUUAAUUUACAUGUCGAAAAUUGUCUUGGUGAUUUAAAUACUUUUAAAGAAGAAAUUCGAGAAGCUUAUGAAGAGUUAUCAACAUUAGAACAACAAGCUCGAAAUAAAACAAAUACAUCACCAACAACCUCUAAUAUAAAUCAAGAAAAUGAUCUUGACAUAUUACUUGAUCAACUUUAUAAACUUGAACAACGACUAGAUGAAAGAAAAAUGGUUCGUAAUGAAAUUAAAUCAUGGAAGAAAAAAUCUAUUUCAUCAACAAUUAUUGAACAAUUUGAUGAACUUGGUCAAACAUUAGCUACAUUAGCUAAUACAUUAAAUAAUAUUGAAAUUGAAUUUGUUGAUUCUGGUAAUAGUUCAUCAUCAUCGGCAAUUAGUGAUUUAAAUAGAAAUCAUCAUCAAGGUGGAAGUGAAGAACAUUUUUCUGAUAGUGGUUUAUCUCAAUCAACUGAUUCAAUUAAUUUACCAUUAAUAAGUCAACAAAUAUCAAAUGCUUCAAGUGUUAUUUCAUGUGAUACAUUAAAAAAUAAUUAUGGAGAAAAUCAAAUACGUUUAGCAUUAGAAAAAAUACAUGAAGCAAAUAUAAAAAAAAUUUUUGUUAAAAUUUAUAAUGAAGAUCAAUCAACAAAAAAUAUUUUAAUUAAUGAAACAAUGUCUAUAUAUCAAAUAUUAAUAUUACUUUUUCAUAAAUAUCAUUUAAAACCAACAAUAAAUUAUUCUAUUAUUGAAGAUUUACCUGAUUUACAUAUAUAUCGUAUAUUUGAAGAUCAUCAAUAUUUAAUAAAUGAUGGUUUAAUUUAUUGGUCACGUGAUACACAUAAUCGAAUAUGUUUUCAAGAACAUGAAAAUAAAUAUAUGAUAUUUCAAGAGCCAAAAAAAUUUUUUUUAACAAAUGAUAAAAUUAUUGAUGAUAUUUUAACUGAUUAUAUAUCAUCAGAUACAAUUAUUUUACCUGAUGAUAUAACAAGUAUACUUUAUAUAAAAGAUAAAAAUCGUAAAAUAUGGAAAAAAUAUACAUGUAUUUUACGUCAAUCAGGUAUUUAUCAAAUACCAAAAUCAACAUCAACAAAACAAGAUCUUAUUUGUUUACUUAAAUUUGAUUCAAAUAUACAAUUAUAUUAUGCUAAUAAUUGGAUUGAAUCAUUACGAUCACCAACUUCAUAUGGUUUUGCAUUAAAACAUGCACAUAUACAAAAAAAAUCAAAUAAAUAUAUACAUUAUUUAUGUACAAAUACAUAUGAUGAAUAUCAACGUUGGAUAAAUGGUAUUCGAAUUAUUUUAUAUGGUGUACAAUUAUAUAAAAAUUAUCAAAAAAUGACUAAAGUUAUUAAUGAUGAAAUAGAUAAUCUUGUAAAUUUAUUACCUAAUCAACAUUAUUUUAAUUUUAUUACACCAACAACAUCAGCUAUGCAACAAUCUAUUUCAAGUAUUUCUUUACCAAUUAAUCAAAUUGUUUCAAAUUCAACAGAUACACAUAAAACACUUAUUGAUAUUGAUAGUACACCUACACAAUAUAUGUCUUAUUCAUUAGAUCGUCUUAAAACAUCAAAAAUAGCGUUUACACGUUCAUCAUCAUUUCAUUCUUCAUUACGUUAUUCUAAAACAAAUAAAACUGAAGAAAAAAUUUAUCGUACUAAAUCAACUUCACCACCUGAUACUUCACCAGUUAAAACUCCUGGUUUAAUUUUUAAACGUUCAAAAUCAGCAAAAGAAAUUUCUUCAUCACAACGUUCAAAAUCAAAUAAAAUUUCAUCUUCAUCAUCAAUUAUACCAUUUAUUAAUCAAUGUAUACAACCAGAUAAAGCACGUAUUCAUAUUAAACCACCGAAACGACCUCCACCACCAAUACCAACGAAACCAUCACCAAGUAUUAGUAAUCAUAUAUAUGAUUCAUUACAAGAUACACCAAUUCUAACUAAUCGAACAGUGUCUAUGCCUCGUUCGCUUCAUUUAAGAGUAACAGAAUUAUAA